AUAUGGAAUUCAACUAGGUUGCUUGCGUUAUAAAGACCAUUCUUUUGACUACAACUUAUCGUUCAACAUUCAGCUUAUGGCUUAUACUUUGCAAGAUUGGAUAAUAUUUUGAUGAAAGCAAAAUAAGUGUUUUCAUAUCGUUACAUAAUACUCUACAAUAAGGAAAAAUAAUUAAGACGUAACAAAUUUGUAUAUCGACAAUGACGAGAAACAAUUAUACACGUGUUCAGAAUGUGACAGGUUUCCUAAAUUAGAUCCAAGUUAAGUUGUUGGCUGAGUAAACGUGCAUAAUACACGGUAUGUGUGUAUAUUAGAAAAUUCAAUAACCAGCAUUACCAACUGUUAAAUGAUAGUGGAGGGUCAAAUUCAAAAAUGUCCUAUCCCAUGCGCUCUCUACAUUUACGUGAAGAUGACAUUGAUGACAAACCUAACAUUCCUCCACUAGCAGGUCCUGAGAUUGAUGAUUUGGAUCCAACAGAUUCUGGAAUAGAUGAUGGCUUAUUGCCACCAGGAAGACCUGAUGGAAGGCGGGGAAGGAGACCCCCGUCUCACACUCCCUUAUUUCCUGGCAGUGGAGUCGACUAUCCAGCAGAACCUGGACUGGGGCCGACAGUGCCAAGGAAAGGGGUUGAUAUUAAUGUAUACCAGCAUAAGAAGACACUUGCGCAAGGUAUGAUGGAUCUGGCGCUACUCUCAGCCAAUGCCAAUCAGCUUCGAUAUGUCUUGGAGAGCAAAGGAUAUCACCCAUACUAUUACCCUAGUCUUGUCAUGAUAAGCAUGAGCCUUAUUUUACAGAUUGUUGUAGGUAUCGGACUCAUCAUCAAUGGCCGCUACAAUAUUAAACAAGAUGGAGACGUUUGGAAAGCCGACCGCAUCAAUAACUUCACAGUGAUUGGAAUAUUCCUUGUUACUAUCAUCAAUGUUUUCAUAUCAGCAUUUGGGGUUGCCGAUUCGACUUCAAGUGUGGAGCCGCUGAAUAUAAUUGAAAACUUUGAUGCUGAGAAUGCCACGGUUGAGAAUGUCACAAGUUCAUAAUCUGGAAAAUGGAAUGGAAUUAAAUUGUUACUACUUGAAUCUCAUAA